AUGGUUUGGCUAAUGAAGUGUCCAGUGUCCACCAAGAGUCGUCAAGGCAUGGCGCUACCUUCUUCAGAUUUUGUUCCCAUGGCGAAGUAUACUGACUCAGUCAAUCUCCUCCGUUCCGAUUUGUCUCCUGAGUUGACUAUGGAGAUCCUUGGUGCUGAGUUAUGGAACGUUUCUAAGCUCUAUUUUGUGAACAAAUCCAAAGACUUUCGUGGUCCAAUGAGUAUCUUCUCUGAAGCAAAUCAAGGUGAAGUUGCUGUGGAAGGAACAUUAACAGAUAAACUCGAGAUGAGACCACACUGUGGCAUUGAAGAAUACGGAAAGCUUUGUCAAGAGAGGAACAGAAAACAUGUGGCUGAAGCUAGACGCCUAGACACACACAGGCUCUUGAGAAUUGCUGUGGAUUACACUUGA